AAGCUUUAGUCCCGCGCUCCCUCCUCGCGGGAAACCCAGUGUUGUGGACCGAAAGAAGGAGAAGGAACGGGAUUUCCUUUAUUUUUAUCCGAUUUUAUUGAACUAUGCCGGGGGUAGCAGCCGCGCCGGGGGUGCCGGACGAUAUCAGAAAGAGUAUUGUUCAGCUUCAGCAAGAAUAUCAGGAUGAGGAGGUGACACAGAAAGGCUACGUAAAACGUCUAAGAUCCUUGAUAGAGGAGUAUUUGUUGGAGUCGGACAGAACGCAGGUCACCGGCCUGGAGACGGAGCUCAGCGAUGGGGAUAUUACAGAGAAAGGAUACUUCAACAAACUAGAGAAAUUACUUGUAGGCAGUGUCAAGGUUUUGACGGCAAAUGCAAGUGAGAAUUCAGAGAGCACCACAAAGGUCUCGUCCCUGAAGGAGAAGCUGUCAAAAUAUGAAAAUAAAGAAAACAACAAGAAUGUUGCCAAUGAAGGUGCAGAGAAGCCAGAUCAACAAAAGAGAAGGGAAACCACAGAAGACGACCAACAGACUGUAUCGAAAGAGAUGGAGAUGGUAAAGAUAAAAGAAGAGAGGACUGAGAUUGAUGAAAUGGAAACAAGCACACCACAGGAGGAAGAGGGGAUGGAAGUUGCAGCUGACGGUGACAGUCCAGAUUCCGAGGGAAAGCCAGGCAGGAAAAAGAGCAAUGGUGUCACUCCCAGAAGAAGCAGACGUUCUCAGAACAACUCGCAAAGAUCAGUCACUGAUAUGUUUGCUGCUAUCUCCAAACGAAAGUCGGUGGAAUCAGAGAUUAAGAAAGAAAUGGAUGAUGAUGAGCAAGAUACAAAACGUCCGAGACUUACGGGAGAAGAGGAUGUAAAGGCAGAUGCGAAGCAAAGUAUUGGUACCACAAUGAAUAAAGUUAUGAAGAGAUGUGACAUCUGCCGACAACAGCUUGAAAGUCCAGACCUGUUGCUGUUUCCUGGCCAUCCAGAAGGGGCUGUUGAGGAGUUUAUAGCCCUCACGGACCAGAAAUUGUCACUCUUCACUGGGGAUGAGGAAUUUGUACAUGAAUACGAUGAGAGGCCACAGCACAAGGUUACUGGAUUCAAUGUUUAUGACAAAGAAGGUCAUCUUUGUCCCUUUGAUGGAGGGCUGAUUGAAAGAAAUGUACUCCUUUAUUUCUCUGGCUAUGUAAAACCCAUUUAUGAAGAAGAUCCAAGCCCCAAGGGAGGAAUUGCUGCAAAGGAAAUGGGCCCUAUCAACGAGUGGUGGAUAUCUGGCUUCGAUGGAGGAGAGAAAGCCCUCAUUGGCUUCUCAACGGCUUAUGCUGAGUACAUCCUGAUGGACCCAAGUGAAACGUAUGCUCCUUUUGUGGAUUCUGUUCGGGAGAAGAUCUACAUGUGCAAGAUUGUUAUUGAGUUUCUUGUCAAUAAUCCUGAUGCAGCCUACGAAGACCUGUUGAACACACUACAGACAACUGUACCUCCAAGUGGCCUAAGUAUCUUCACAGAGGAGACACUUAUGAGACAUGCUCAGUUUGUAUGUGAUCAGGUGCAUAAUUUUGACUUGGCAAGUGAUGAUGGGGAGGACUUGCUUCUCACUACACCUUGCGUCAGGUCUCUCAUCAAGCUUGCUGGCGUGGUGCUCGGCAAACGACGAGCCUUGAGACGAAGAGGGCCUAAGAUGAAAGUUGUCAAGAUGCCUAAAUGGACAAAGGCAACCACAACCCCUCUUGUUAGAAACCUCUUUGAAUCCUUCUUCUCAGACCAGAUUGAAAUUGACAAAGAAAAUCAGGCCAGGAAACGAACACGUUGUGGAGUAUGCGAAGCUUGCCAGCAGGCAGAUUGUGGAGAGUGUAAACACUGCAAAGACAUGAUAAAGUUUGGUGGGACGGGAAGAUCUAAACAGUGCUGCAUGAACCGUCGCUGCCCUAACAUGUUAAUAGCAGAGGCAGAGGAUGACGAAGGGGAAGAUCUUGAGGGAAUAGCCCUUGACCUCCCCACCAACAAACCCAAGCAACACAGGAUACGCAAGCACACCCACCGUUGCACAUGGAUUGGAGGUCCAGUCAUCAAGGAAGGAAAACGGACAUAUUAUAAGUCGGUGAUAAUUAAUGAGGAAGAGUUUCACAUAAAUGACUGUGUGAUGGUCGAACCUGAUGAUCCAAAGACUCCGGUUUAUAUUGCUCGCAUCAAUCACAUGUGGGAAGAUGGAAGAGGAGAGAAACAUUUUCAUGCUCACUGGUUUCUACGAGGAAAUGAUACUAUUCUUGGAGAAACUGCAGAUCCAUAUGAAUUAUUCAUAGUGGAUGACUGUGAGGACACACUUCUGGAUUCUAUUAUGAAAAAGAUAUAUGUUGAAAAGUAUGAAGUUCCAGCAAAUUGGAAUGACCUUGGUGGAAUCCAAAAUCCCGAUGAACACUACCCCACCAACACAGAAGAUGGUUGUCACUUUUGGUAUCAGAAGAUGUACCAUCCUCAGUGGGCCCGCUUUACAGAUCUUCUAGAGCAGGAGGCUGCUAGCUCUGACAGUAACCACCGCCACUGUGUUUCAUGCGAACAUAUCAAGAAAGCUGAAUUACAAGAAAUGUGUGUCAUGGGAAAUAAGUUAGAGGAGUCUGAGAGUACUACAAAAAUGUAUGCCUCAGUCUCCUACAUGGGCAAUGAAUUCUCUGUUGGAGACUGCAUGUUUGUCAACCCUGGAGCAUACAGCUUUACAGUAAAACCAGCACCACCGCCAAAGAAAGAAAGCAGAAAGAAAAACGUGGAUGAAGAAAUGUAUCCCGAAAAUUACCGAAAGUCGUCAGAUCACAUCAAAGGCUCCAAUGAAGAAACUCCAGAGCCGUUUAGGAUUGCGAGAAUUGUCAGCAUAUCUUCAAGGAGUUCAGAAUCAGAACAGAGUCCAUGUGAUGUGAUGGUGAAAGUUGCCAAGUUCUACCGACCAGAAAAUACCCAUCGUGGAAUUGGAGCAUCCUUCCAGGCAGACCUGAAUCUUAUUUACUGGAGUGAAGAAGAGACAAACAUUACGUUCAGUGAUGUUGCUGGAAAGUGCUUUGUUACCUACCAAGAAAAUUUGGGUACUAAAAAUGUUGAUCAAUUCUUCAAAGAGGGGCCAUUCAGGUUUUUCUUUAGAGAAGCAUACGACCCCAAAGAAAAAACAUUUGUGGAGCCACCUGCACGUGCACAAACCAUGGGCAUUGUAGGAAAGGGUAAGGGAAAGGGAAAAGGAAAAGGAAAAGGAAAAAGUGAAAGCAAAGACAAUGCUGGGGACCAGAAUAGCUUGCAAGGUUUCCCAGAACAUCCGGCCAUUUCCCAAAAACUGCGGACUCUUGAUGUCUUUGCUGGUUGUGGAGGCUUAUCAGAAGGUUUCCACCAAGCAGGGAUAAGCGAGUCUAAAUGGGCGGUAGAAGUGUUUGAACCAGCUGCACAAGCUUAUCGGCUUAACAACCCAAGCUCCACAGUGUUUACUGAUGACUGUAAUUUGCUGUUGAGGAUGGUGAUGGAGGGUGAAAAUAUGAACUCGAAAGGCCAGCGUCUUCCCCAAAAGGGUGAUGUAGAAAUGAUGUGUGGAGGCCCUCCUUGCCAAGGUUUCUCUGGCAUGAAUAGGUUCAACUCUCGCCAGUACUCAAUGUUCAAGAAUUCCUUAGUGGCUUCAUACCUUUCCUACUGUGAUUAUUAUCGCCCAAAGUUUUUCCUCCUGGAGAAUGUACGAAACUUUGUGUCAUACAAAUGUUCCAUGGUGCUCAAGUUGACCAUGAGAGUUCUCGUAAAGAUGGGCUAUCAGUGCACAUUCGGUGUGCUUCAGGCUGGCAAUUAUGGAGUUGCGCAAACCAGGCGGAGGUUAAUCAUCCUAGCUGCUGCACCUGGUGAAAAGCUACCUUUUUAUCCUGAACCAACACAUACAUUCAACCCAAGAGCUUGCAAUCUCUCUGUUGUUGUAGAUAACAAGAAGUAUACCACAAACUCCCAGUGGGUUGAGUCCUCCCCAUUACGUACAAUCACAGUGAGAGAUACCAUGUCAGACCUUCCUGAAAUCCGCAAUGGGCACAGGAGGGAGGAGAUAAGUUAUGGCACUGAUCCAGAGUCCCAUUUCCAGCGCUUGAUCCGUGGCGAUCAGUAUCAGCCUAUUCUGCGAGAUCACAUCUGUAAAGACAUGGCACCUCUGGUUGAGGCUCGCAUGAAGUACAUUCCAACAGUGCCAGGGUCUGACUGGAGAGACUUGCCCAACAUCGUAGUUACUCUUUCAGAUGGAAAAGUAACGAAGAAACUUCAGUACACACAUCCAGACAAAAAACAGGGGAGAUCAUCAACUGGAGCACUAAGAGGUGUCUGUGCUUGUGCUGCUGGUAGAGCAUGUGAUCCAAUGGACAAGCAGUUUAACACCCUCAUUCCUUGGUGCCUCCCACACACUGGCAAUCGUCACAACCACUGGUCAGGUCUCUAUGGCAGGCUGAAUUGGGACGGUUUCUUCUCCACAACCGUCACAAAUCCUGAACCAAUGGGCAAGCAGGGACGUGUGUUGCAUCCAGAGCAGUCUCGGGUUGUAAGUGUGCGCGAGUGUGCCAGAUCACAAGGAUUCCCAGAUACCUACCGUUUUUAUGGAUCAAUUUUGGAGAAACACAGACAGGUCGGAAAUGCUGUCCCUCCACCUAUGGCACGUGCAAUUGGAUUAGAGAUCCGAAAGUGCCUUGCUGCUAGGAAUGAUAAAGAUCAGAAGAGCAAAUUUGAAGUUAAAAUGGAAGUUGAGCAAGAAUAAAAGGAUGAAGAAAAAUAUGUAUUGACAGUUCACUGGUCACUGGUUAUUGGUUCAAAUAUGUCCAUCGCAUAUUUUAUGUAGCCGUCAGUACUCAGUCCUGGUGUUUAGUACUGGUUUGCUAAUAUAAUCUUGGAACAAAAAAGCUUUAGUAUAUUUUUUUAAUGCAAUGUUUUACACUACAAUUUCUAUUUUAAUCUG